GGAGAGCAAUCUCGUUUUCUUUCAAGGUGACAGAAGGACCUAAACUAUACUAAAGUCUCGUCCAUACUGAACCGCCGGAAGCACAGGUAGGUGAGCAGUGCCACUCCUAAGGCCUAGACAGGAGAUAGGUUAGUGUACUUUAAGUGUCAUUUAGAGGAACAAAAGAAAAUGUGAUACGGAAGAAUACAGCUUCGGAUACAGGAUUCGGAAGGAUACAGCUCUAUCCACGGCAUCAAGAAUAUAAUUGUUUUGACAAUGUGCCAGGCACUGCAUGACGUAAUGGGUAUAUAAACAACGUAAAGCAGCAACAUGAUACACAAUUCAGUAGCAGUGACGGAGUGAUGGAGCGACGGAUAGACCCCAUAGCCAGCACCAGGCCGCGCCUCAGGCACGGCCUGUCGGAAAGCGACGCAGCAGCCCCAGCCAGCUAUCCCUCACUCCUGCAGCAGCCGUCGCCUUUCUUCGCAGGCGUGCAGCCUUUCCCUGCGGCAGAUAAUAUGGGGGAGGAAGAGGAAGAUGUCAAUUAUAGAUUCAGGAAAGUGAAAAUGUUUGAGAUGGCGCCGUCAGAUGACCCGGAGAUGGAAGAACGACGGCAACGAGCCCUGUACGCAAAAAGAAACCGCGAAAUAAAAAAGAGAGAGAUGGCGCAGCUGCAGCGAGAAAAGGAAGAACUCCAUACCGCUUUGCAACGGUACCAGGUGGAACGAACUCGCAUGGUUGACCAGUCACUGGAUCAACAACGCAAAAUUGAGGAGCUGGAGCGACACCUUUUGGACGCUCACCAACAGCUGAGAGACAAGGAUGAGUACAUUCGAAAGAGCAAGGAAAAGAUGUCACUUCUGAAGGCGCACUUGGAGCUCAUCGCUGAGGGCCUUGAGGAGAACAAUAUGUCACGCAAGAUGCUGGUCACCCUGCUCGCCCAGAUCGACCAAAACCCCCACCACGUUUGAUACGUUUCUAUUUCCUGCCAUUGUUACGUUACAGUGAUCAAAGAUGGAAAGUAAAUGCUAUCUGGUAUGCCCCCGCCGCUGAUGCUGCGACCACGCCAUGCUGCUGGUCAAAUGACGCUUUAUACCAGAGUUGCUUGCCACGGACGCUCGCCACUCAGAUCUCCACGUGUACAUUGUGUGACCUGGUCAACGCCAAUGCACUUGAACACAACUGUCUCGCUUACUCCGCCGGGACAGGAUUUAACAUUUGUGUGUGUAAACAUUUCCUUCAGGUGGAUAAUCUCGACUAAAUUUUGAUAAAAUAUUAAAUGUCAUUAUUUAGUUUCUUCUAAUUUGUAUUAUGUACAUAUGUUUGUGUUAUUCAUGUUCUUUUGAUAAUCAUGGGCUAUACAUGUUCGUUUCUUUUACUGUGUGUGUGUGUGUGUGUGUGUGUGUGUGUGUCUAGGGGGUGAGGGAGGCUUCCAACGUGCCCUGCGAGACACGUAUUUUGGUUUACCGCUAUCUGUGCACAAUAAAUUUAUCAAAUCAGA